AUGAUUCCACGAGACAGCACCGAGUGUCCAGAGCUCGAACUAGCACUGCAGACCGCUGCAGCUGAAAUGAACUACGAGCGCAGCAAGCACAAUGUAGAGAGUGUUGCAAAAGACGAAGACAUCCGAAAACUUCGUUUCCAGCUGCUCCUGCUCGAGGACGAGAAUGACGAGCUGCACGCGCAGUUGGGCGAAGAAGAAGCGCACGCGGAUGGAUUGCAACUGAGCCUCGAUGAGACUCUUGGGGCGCUAGAAGAGGUCAAGGCCGAGAAACAGCGCGUUGUGAGCGAGUUGCGCAUGAGGGCACGAGAGUUAGACACGAUUAAGGCUGAGGUCAUGUCGCUCCAAAACAUGUCCCUAGACUCGACCAAAAUCCUUACCGAGAAGCUCGCACUCGCGCGCGAACUGGGCACGUUGAAGCCGGAGCUUGAAUACCUCCGCCAACAGACCGCAUCAAACCAAAGCCUACUAUCCGAGAAGCUAUCCUUACAGCGACAACUCAGCACCAUCCAAGUCGAGCUCGAGAACGAGAAGCGCGUCUCGCAGCGCGCACUAGCCAAGGACAAAGACCGCAGAGUCAGCGCUGUGGACGCAGAGUAUAGAUCGCAGAUGCAGGAGCUGAGAGCAGAAUUAUCCAAGGAGCGGCGCGAGCGCGAGAUCGCUGAGGGCGCUAUCGACAAGGCACAUGCGGAGCUGGAACGAGAAAAACGGAAAGCAGAACGCGUUGCAGCGCGCAACGAGAAGAGCACCGAGCAGGACGCCAAGCAAGAAGCCGAGAUCGAGGAGCUGCGCGAGGAGCUGGCUAAGGAGAGGCGUGAGCGCAAGAAGGUGGAGAAGGCCGCUCAGACUACUCAGCACGAGCUUGAGAUGGAGAACCAGAGACUCGAGCGCGAACUGCUGAAGAAGCAGAAAGUUAAUGACCCUGGUAGCGCCUCGGAAGCUCAACUCGAAGCGCUCCGCAAAGAGCUCAAAGCCGAGAAGCUAUCACGCGAGAAGGCCGAAAAGUCGAUUCAAAAGUCCCAAAUGGAAUGGGAGGCGCAAAAGUCCAUCCUCGACGAGAAACUCAACAACUUCCGUGCCAAGCUCAAGUCUACCAAAGAGAAGCUGAAAGAGACCGAGGUCGAGCUCCAAAGUGCACAGUCAGCCGCCGCAGCCAACAAUGCCAAUCCGGCGAGGAACCCACGCAAGCGCGUGGCUGCGCAGCUUGACCCCGAUGCUACGAUUGGCACCCCUGGCGAUGGACAUCAACCGAAGCGAGGUAAACGGAGCUCUGCGGUGCCUGGAGACAAGUCCACCUUCUCUAUCACGCCCUUCCUGAACCGGACCACCAGCGUUGCGCCAGAUUCUCCGAUCCAGGAAGAGGAUGAAGAGGCAGCGGAUGUUGCACCGACAGACCAACAGGACACGGAAGCGGAAGAGGCAGCCAGUACGCCAUCAGCGCAGCCAAAGAAAGCAGCCAAGAAGCCCGCUGCUGCACCGAAGCCCAAGUCUAAGCCCUUAACCACUUCCUCUGCCGGCAAAGCAAACACCAAACCAACCGCUGGUCGGAAGAAAACCGCCGUGCAGACUUUGGAGCAAGUCGCCGAAGAGAACAGCGCAGACGAGAACUCCGCGCCCGCCGCCCCGACCACCAUCGCCCUAAACGAUACAGCCGAAGCCAGCAAACCCUUGGUACCAAAGCUCAAGCCCACCUCAAUGAACGGCCCAAGAAAAUCUCUCGCAACAUUCGCGACCUUCAACGCCGAGCCGCCCGCGGAGAAGAAGAAGAAACGGAAACUCGGCGGUGGGAGUGGGCUGGGGAAGACGUUAUUCGAUGAUGAAGAGGGCGCGCCGCCUGCCAAGCCGAUUCCUGGGAAGGGACUCUUUGCGGCGAGAGCGCUGGGUAAGGCGCUGGGAGCGGGGAGGAUCGGUGGUGGGUUUAAUGGCGGGAUGGUGAGCACGGAGGAUGGGUUCAUGUUUAGUCCGCUGAAGAAGGAUAGGAGGGCUGCGGCGGCUAAUGCUUCGAUGCUGAAGUGA